AUGCUGGUAAUCUUCUUUGGUGCGAAAAAGGCCUCUACAUAUGCCUUUGCAGAUACAGACGAAGAAAGUUACAAUCAAGAUGUUUCCUUUCUGAUAAACACGCAAACCAAGGUUAUAACCCAUGGGACUCAAACAAAACUUCUCACGAUGACUGCCCAGAAAGUGUACCGGAACCCUUCUCUAGCCUCAGUCAUCGCUGGCUUGCAUCACGGUUCAUACAAGACCGUUGACACAUCGGAUCUGAGUGGUGCACCGGUGGUUGACACGCAGGGAAUCACAGCAGAAGGGAGAUCUGGAUCUUAUGUCAACCACAGUUGCAACAGUAACACAAGACGUGUUUUCAUCGGUGAUAUGAUGAUCGUCCGUGCUACCAGAGACAAUCCACCGGAUGCCGAAAUCGCAUACUGGUUCCAGGUUCCUAUGACAAACCAAGAGCCCGCGAAGGAGGGCCUUCUGGAAACCAGAGAUGACCUCCUAGAUGCAGUUCAGAAAGAGUUUUCGUUCCCUACGAGACCUUGUUAG